UUUCCCGGGCCUCUUUCACCCAGUCCCCUGGGAGCAGGCACCACCCUUUUCCUCCGGGAGGAGUAGGGAGAGGGCUGGUCCCCAAGCGCAGUCCCCUCCCUGGACCCUCCUCCCCAGGCUUUAAGUCGGCGCCGGGACCUGGAGCCGGCAGUCCAGGGCUGGCCCGCUCCCCCGGUGAUCGCGCAGAUGGCGGCGCUAGCGACAGUGGCCAAGAAAGUGUGGAGCGCGCGGCGGCUCCUGGUGCUGCUCUUCGCGCCGCUCGCGCUGCUGCCGGUGGUCUUCGCCCUCCCGCCCAAGGAAGGCCGCUGCCUGUUUGUCAUCCUGCUCAUGGCGGUGUACUGGUGCACGGAAGCCCUGCCCCUCUCGGUGACGGCCCUGCUGCCCAUCGUGCUCUUCCCCUUCUUGGGUAUCCUGCCGUCCAGCAGAGUCUGCCCCCAGUACUUCCUGGACACCAACUUCCUCUUCCUCAGCGGUCUGAUCAUGGCCACCGCCAUCGAGGAGUGGAACCUACACCGGAGAAUCGCCCUCAAGGUCCUGAUGCUCGUUGGGGUCCAGCCGGCCUGGCUCAUCCUGGGGAUGAUGGUGACCACCUCCUUCCUGUCCAUGUGGCUGAGCAACACUGCGUCUACCGCCAUGAUGCUGCCCAUCGCCAGCGCCAUCCUGAAGAGUCUGUUUGGCCAGAAGGAGGCUCGGAAGGACCUCAGCUGGGAGAGUGAAGAGAAUGCAGCUGCAGUGCGGACAAAUGGCCUACACACCGUGCCCACGGAGAUGCAGUCUCUUGCCAGCACAGAAGACAAAGACUGCCCGGAGGAGGUGGAGGCUCCAUGUUCCAAGAAGGAGGAAGAAUAUCGCAGAAACAUCUGGAAGGGCUUCCUCAUCUCCAUCCCCUACUCAGCCAGCAUCGGCGGCACGGCCACCCUCACGGGCACGCCCCCGAACCUCAUCCUGCUUGGCCAGCUCAAGAGUUUCUUCCCACAGUGCGACGUGGUGAACUUCGGCUCCUGGUUCAUUUUCGCCUUCCCGCUCAUGCUGCUGUUCCUGUUGGUGGGAUGGCUGUGGAUCUCCUUCCUGUAUGGGGGAAUGACCCUGAGGGGGUGGCGGAAGAAGAAAUCUGAGAUCAGAGCUGAUGCAGAAGAGAGGGCUGGAGCGGUGAUUCGGGAGGAAUUCCAGAACCUGGGACCCAUCAAGUUUGCCGAACAGGCCGUUUUCAUCCUUUUCUGCAUGUUCGCUAUUCUCCUCUUCUCCCGGGACCCGAAGUUCAUCCCUGGCUGGGCCAACUUCUUCACCCCCGGGUUUCUUUCUGAUGCCGUCACCGGUGUAGCCAUUGUCACCAUCUUGUUCUUCUUCCCGUCGCAAAGGCCCUCUAUCAAGUGGUGGUUUGACUUUAAAGCUCCCAACACAGAGACAAAACCACUGCUGACAUGGAAGAAGGCCCAGGACACGGUGCCCUGGAACAUCAUCCUUCUCCUGGGAGGGGGCUUCGCCAUGGCCAAAGGCUGUGAGGAGUCAGGGCUGUCUGCGUGGAUCAGUAAUCAGCUACACCCCCUGGAGAACAUGCCACCUGUGCUGGCUGUCCUGCUCAUCACCUCGGUCAUUGCCUUCUUCACCGAGUUUGCCAGCAACACGGCCACCGUCAUCAUCUUCCUGCCCGUCCUGUCAGAGCUGGCCAUCCGUCUGAGAGUGCACCCCCUGUAUUUGAUGAUUCCCGGCACAGUCGGCUGCUCCUACGCCUUCAUGCUCCCAGUCUCCACGCCCCCCAACUCCAUCGCCUUCGCCUCUGGACACUUGCUGGUCAAAGACAUGGUACGGGCAGGCUUCCUGAUGAACCUGAUGGGUGUCCUCCUGCUGAACUUGGCCAUAAAUACUUGGGCACAGACCAUCUUCCAGCUGGGCACUUUCCCGGACUGGGCCCGCAACCACUCAGCCAGUGUCACAGCACCGUCAUCCACUUUGGCCAACGGCACGUUGCGGACCCUCUGA